AUUUUCAAAACAGCCGGUCUUGAACUUACCGCGUUUUACUUAUGUUUAUUGACUGAUGUUAGUGUUUGUUUAUUUGUUGGAAAGAUUGUAAAUUUCGUUAAUUAUUUAUUUUUGCUUAUUCUGUUGUGAUUAUGACCAGUGAAGAUCGAGAUUACAAAGUUAUCACAUUGCCAAGGGCAUGUUUGGGCAAAAAGUUGAAAAGCUUUAAAUUUGGAAAAGAUGGAUCUUAUCUGUUCGAUGCUGAAUACUCCAAUGUUUACGAAGUUGUUGAGUAUAAGGAACAAAAUAGAUCAUGGUUCAUGGGAGAUAUCGUUAUCAAAGAUGGAUCUCUUCUAAUGAUAACAAGAGUUGAUCCAUUAUUUUUAAUUUUACCCUGCCUAAUAGAAAACAAGCAAGUCUUCGCGACUCUUCAGGGUAUCACUGAAGAGAACACAGGUGCUAGUACCUUGAUAAAAGCCUUGAUUCCUAACGAAAGAGAAAUAAUGUCUUCAGUUGCUGAAACAAAGGAUUUUGAAGAUGAAAUAUAUUACCGUUUGGACGAAAAAAAGCUAAUGAUCUGGUUAAAAGCUAAAGUUAAAAAUGUUGUCAAGUGUCUUAAAGCGAUUGGAGUAGACGUAAGCCAAAAAUCUAACAAAGUAAAUAAAUUUGUUUCCGGACGUCAAGAGGAAACCAACGAAAAGGACUACAUUAUAUACGCUUUAAAUCUAUUAGCCAAAUAUUUGCAUGAUGACCACCUGAAAGCUUUACAAGAAACUUAUAAUGUAAAAAUUAACGCUGAACCUGAACCUGAAUCAAAAGCGACUCCUAAAGGAACGAAACGGUCUUUUAAUGAAACUAAAACCGAAAAAUGUGAACCAAUCGAAAAUUACUAUUCAACUGAAACUCAUACCAAUGGUGAAAGUAAAAAGGUCAAAAUGAGCAGAUCUCAGAAAGAGCUGCAGCAAGCAGCUAAUAAAUCAGGAGUCCGGAAAAUAAGUCAAUUUUUCAAAAAGAAAUAGUUCUUGGCUUGCAAAGCAAAAUUGUCAUUUAUGCUAUUUUUGUAUUUACCUUUGUGAUUAAGAAUCGUGCGUCUAUUAUUUCCUAUUUUUACUAAUAUAUUAAUGCAAUUCUCAUUUAUCAGAAACUUGUAAAGUAUUAUCUUUACUGCCGCUUACUUCCAUAGGCGUCUGAAUUGAUUAAACUUUGUGAUUUACUAAAUUAAACUUGAAUGGCUCGUUAAUUUCAAA